AUGUCCGCUUCUAUGUUUUUUUUAGCUCUUGUACACCACCUUUGGAUAUCUGCAAUUUCAGGUCCAAUUCAGAAGAAAUCCUCGGUUAGCGACGAGUCAUCCUCGGAUAUGAUGGAUUUGGACGAGAGCGCCCUGCUGGCCGAUACACAGCUGGAGCAGAACUUGCGGCGUUUGCGUGAAGAGGAACGCCUGCUGCUGGAACAACAGGCAGCUUUGGAAGCCGGUGCCAUAGACGACAUCGCCGCACUCGAAAACCAGGAUGCGCUUCGGCUAAACCACUUGCAGCAACAAGAGCUGCAGAAGCAGCAGAAAGUGCAGGCUCAACGGCUGGCACAGCAAAAGGCGCAGGCCCAGGCCCAAGAAUGUGGCACUUCAGCACGGGGUCGCGAUUGCCCUGAAAUCCGUGAGCUCUGCGAUCUCCGCGAGGGUCGGGAGCUUCGUGAAGGCCCGCGCCGUCGCACCACCUGCACCGUGCGCGUCAACAAUUUGCACGCUGCCUCUGCUGCCGAGGCUAUAGAAACCGAUGUCUGA